AUGAAUUUUGAUCUGCCUCCCCCCUUACUCGCCCACCUUGACUCCCUCGACAAGUUCAUCCACUCGACCAUCCUCCCCCUCCAACAUUCUGAAGACAAUAACCGUUUUUUCGAUCAUCGCCGCGAAUAUGCCCGAACGGAUUGGGCUAAGGGCGGUCUUCCCUCUCAAGAAUGGGAGGACUUACUAGGCAAAGCUCGCCAUCUCGCCGACAAAGCCGGCUUCUUUCGCUUUGCCCUCCCCAAGAUCUACGGGGGACAAGGUCACCCGGACACGAACCUAUGGAUGUCGGCCACGCGCUUCCACCUGGCCUCGAACCCGGUGUACGGCGGCGGCCUAGGGCUCGCCAAUGACCUACAGAACGAACACAGCGUCAUCGGGAAUUUCCCAGAUGUCCUCAUGCUCCACCACUUCGGCACGGCAGAGCAAAAACGCACUCUCAUCCCCGCACGACUCCGCGGAGAAUUCCGUACCACGUUCGGUCUCACCGAACCCGACCAUGGCAGCGACGCGACCUUCAUGUCAACAAGGGCGACACGCGCCCGCGGCGGGUUCCAAAUCAACGGCGCAAAGAAGUGGCAGACGGGCGCCCAUCACUGCACGCAUAUGAUCGUCUUCGCGAGAACCUCCGGUAAGGAUGGAUCCGCCAAGGGCAUCACGGCAUUCCUGGUUCCGCGGGAGACAGAAGGGAUUGAGAUCGCAAGCUACGAGUGGACGUUUAACAUGCCCACGGACCACGCGACAGUGACUCUGAACGGGGUGUGGGUGCCUGACUCGGCGGUGCUGGGGGCCGUCGACCAGGGGUUGGCGAUUGCGCAGACCUUUGUGCAUGAGAAUCGCAUCCGACAGGCCGCCAGCUCAUGCGGUGCGGCCAAAUUCUGUCUGGAGCGGGCGAUUGAGCGCGCACGGACUCGGACGGUCUGGGGCGAGGGGAAGAAGUUGGCAGAUCACCAGGCAGUGCAGUUUCCGGUGGUGGAGCUCAUGACGCAGGUGGAGAUGCUGCGGUUGUUGAUUCUCAAGACGAGCUGGGACAUGGAUCGGGUGGUGGCUGAAUCGACGGACCAGGCGUGGAUUGCGAUCGAGAAGCAACUGAGUGAUAAGGUGGCCAUGUGCAAUUUCUGGGCCAAUCGGCUAUGUUGUCAGGCCGCCGAUCGAGCUAUUCAGAUUCAUGGUGGUGAUGGUUACUCACGCCACUAUCCGUUCGAGCACAUCUAUCGACAUUUCCGUCGGUAUCGUAUCACCGAGGGUGCAGAAGAGAUCCAGAUGCGCAAGGUCGCCGCGUAUUUGUUUGGAUUUGGGGGGAAAGCUGGACGUGAAAAAGCGAGGACGAAGCUCUAG